CUUUUGUUUCGGUCGUCGUGGGAGCAUGUUUACCAGAAAUACUCAACUCAUAAAGAUUAGACUCCCUGUCAGAUUGUUUCGACGAAACGAAGACUCAAGUUUAGUUUGCCAUGAAAGAAUUCUUCCCUUUUCAUUUCCAAGGAACGAGAUAAAAAGAAUUCGUAGAUUUCUUCCAACAUGAAUAGCGGAAGAACGGAGUCGAUUAGCACAUUAAGCGAGCAUGAAGAUGAUUUUGAUGAAUUCGAAGGAUCAAUUAUUUGGUCCCAGGAGGAACCAUUUUCCUCGAAUGAAAUUUUAGAAUUAGCUCCAGAUCCCGAUAAACAAAAUCGAUUAAAAUCUUUAUGUCGUUUAUGUGCUGGAGAAACUUUACAUCCGAUUUACAUCUAUUCCGAAUUUGGUGAAUCUUUGAAACUUUUGCAUAAAAUAAACACAUGUUUAAGUGUUAAGGUAAAGAAAACUGAUCCUCUCCCCAAACAACUUUGUCCAACAUGUGUUGAAAAGAUUACUUGGUGCAAUGAAUUUGAUGUUCAGUGUAUCAGAGCUGAGGAAACUCUCCUUGAAAUUUUAAAGCAAAACCAUUCUUUCAAUAAUGCUAGAAAUGAUGUUCAAGAAAAUUCUCAGGAGAAUAUUGAUUCUUGUCCAUUGUGUGUCGAAGGACGGAUGAGAAUUUACGAAGAAGAUAAAGAGACUAGGAAAGAUGUUGAACUGUACGAUAGCGAUAUUGUUCUUGAGAGUAGUGAUGAGGAACAAAUUCCUAAUGAAAUUAACAUUGAACAGAAUGAGGAACCAGAAAACGAAUCUAUAACUUUGUUCUGUUUGGGUACCAAGCAGAAAUAUUUGAAAUGCGGAGCUUGUAUGAAUUUGUAUCAUACAAAAGAGACUCUUGAUGAGCAUAAGUGCAAACCUAAUUUACAAUGUACUUCCAAACCUUACAAGUGUGAUAUAUGCUUUGCAACUUUCACGUUUGAAGAACGAUUGCAGUUUCAUCAACAUUUUCAUAAAGAUGCAAAAGCGUUGUAUUGCGAAAUUUGCAAAAUUACGUUUGGGAAGGAAUUAAAAUUGUUUUAUCACUACAAGAGAUAUCAUUGUAAAGAUGGUAGAGUAUCCUGCUUACAAUGUGGAAAAUUAUUUGAAAAUCAAGAAGGAUUAAAAAAACAUGUAUGUGUGGAUGGAAAGACAAGACCUCAUGUAUGCGAAGUUUGUUCCAAGGGGUUUUGUGAUGGAUACACUUUGAAACGCCAUGUGGUAACUCAUCUUCCAGAAAAGCCAUACAAAUGUCCAGAAUGUUCAAAAAGUUUCACACAGAAAUCAAGACUGAAUAAACACAUCGCUGGGCACAGUAUCAUUUUGGAAAACAGUCAAACUAUUUGGAGGUGUAUUCGUUGCGGUGAAGUCUUUGGAAGUUGUGAUUCCACAGAUGAACACUGCAAAAUACAUGAGGAGAAAAUUAGUCUUAUAGAAGAGAUGCAAGUAUUGAAAUUGUACCAUUGUGAAUUCUGUAGCAGCCACUUUGCAGAUAUGGAUCAUUUAAAAACUCAUAGAGAAUCUCACGUUAUUGAGAAACCAUACUCUUGCAACCAUUGUAACUCUACAUUCAAAUCUUUCGCAGAGGCUGUUCUUCAUUGGAAAGAGCACCCAAGAAUAUUCAAAGUGCUAGUAGUAUUUUUGUGUGAGAUUUGUGACAGAGAUGUUAAGGAACUCUCUCUGCUUUAUAAGCAUAAGCAGAAGAGACACCAACCAGUGCCUAGAAGAUCAGAGAAGAGCAAGGAGAAGUUCAUUUGUGAACUCUGUGGAAGUAUUUUUGUGAGUAUAGAAGAUUUUCAAGAACAUGGAAAGUACAGAUGCUCCAAAUUCCCAUGUGAUAUUUGUGGUAGUCUUUUACCAACUGCAAAUUCUCUGAAUGCUCAUAAAAGAAGACAUAGUGGACUAAGACCAUAUGUUUGCAAUAUCUGUGGUAAAAGCUACACUCAAUCCAGUCAUAUGUGGACCCACAAAAGGUUCCACAUGGGUGUAAAACCCUAUGCCUGUGAAUAUUGUGACCAAAGAUUCACAAUAAAGCCAGAUUUGGCAGACCACACUAGGAAAAAACAUACAAGGGAAAGACCAUUCAAAUGUGAUGUUUGCAACAAAGCUUUCUUAACUGGUUCUGUCUUCUACCAACAUAGGCUAAUACACAGAGGGGAUCGUAGAUACAAGUGCCACUAUUGUGAAAAAGCAUUCACCAGAACAGAAGCUUUAAACAACCACAUAAAGAUUCACACUGGUGAAAAACCACAUGCAUGUGAUGUUUGUGGAAGAUGCUUCAGACAAAAGGGAGACAUGAGAAAACACAGGCGAACACAACAUAUUGCCAAACAAGACACAAAAUAGGUUAUGUAAAUAUUGGAUGGAUGAGAAAGGAAUAUCGUAAAAGGAAAGAAAAAGAAUGAUUAAUAUUGUAAAGUGAUUUAAAUUUGUGUUACUUUAAAAUUAGGCGCGAUAA